GGGCUGGGCGACCCCGAGGGGACAUCUCCCAGCAGAGCUUGUGCGGGGCCGGGGAAAACCCCACUGAGCGGGAUCUCCUAGACCCACCGGCAUCCCGGCGUCCCGGCGCCUGCGCCGACUGCGGGAAAACCUUCAGCCUGAGCUCGAACUUGCUGCGUCACCGUCGCGCCCACCUGGGUCAGAAGCCCUACCGGUGCGUUGAAUGCGGCAAGGCCUUCGCCCAGAGCCAGCACCUCCUGGCCCACCAGCGGGUCCACACGGGCGAGCGUCCCUUCCUCUGCACCCAGUGCGGGAAGAGCUUCUCCCAGAGCCAGCACCUGCGCACCCACCGGCAGACCCACGGGGGCCAGCGGCCCCACCAGUGCCCCGAGUGCGGGCAGAGCUUCAGACAGACCUCCAACCUCCUCAAACACCGCAGGGGCCACCUGGGCCACAAGCCUUUCCGGUGCGCCCAGUGCGGCAAAGGGUUUGGGGAGAGCUCCACCCUGAUCCGCCACCAGCGCACCCACACCGGCGAGCGGCCCUACCGCUGCCCGGCCUGCGGCAAGGCCUUCAGCCAGAGCUCCAACCUCCUCAAGCACCAGCGCACCCACACCGGUGAACGGCCCUACCGCUGCGAGCAGUGCGGCAAGGCCUUCGGCAAAAGCUCCGCCGCCAUCCUGCACCAGCGCACCCACACCGGCGAGCGGCCCUACCCCUGCCCCCAGUGCGGCAAGCGCUUCAGCCAGCGCCCCCACCUGGCCGCCCACUGCCGCGUCCACACCGGCGAGAAGCCCUUCGCCUGCCCCCAGUGCGGCCGCAUCUUCAGCCAGAGCGCCACGCUGAGCCGGCACCGCCGCACGCACCGGCUGGAGGGGGAGCAGGCGGGGGAGGCACCCCGACCGGGAGGAGACGGGGGUUCGGAGAAGGAGGCGCUGUGCGAGAGCAGUGCAUGGCGGGGGGAGCGCGUGGCCGGGGAGCACCAAUAC